AUGGUCGGAAAACGGUUUGAGUUACAAAAUGCAAAUUUUAAAAAGGUUGGGGUGAAGCUGGUUAUGGAGUGUAUUACUUCGGUGGUUUAUACGAGCAUCGAUGAUAGUUAUGACUCUGAGCCUAUUAUGCCUGUCAGAGGUCUGCGUCAAGGGGGUCCGUUAUCACCAUAUCUUUUUAUCAUUUGUGCUGAGGGGUUGAGCUGUUUAUUAACGGAGAAGGAAAGGUUGUGUUAUCUGCAUGAUGAUUGUUACUUGUUUUUUCGAGCUUCACAGGAGGAGGUGGAGAGUGUUAAAGGGAUCUUGGCAGCUUAUGAAUUGCUAUCAGGCCAGAAAGUGAACUUUCAUAAGACUAGCAUUUUGUUCAGUAGUAAUGCUACCUUCGAUAAACGUGCUCCCAUUUGUGAUAUCCUUGGUGUUGUGGAGGUGAAUGAUCAGGGGAAAUACUUAGGACUGUCCUCUCUAGUUGGCAGAAAUAAGAAAAACAUUUUUCAGUUUAUCAGAGACAGAGUGUCGAGUAAAAUCAAAUGGUGGAAUUCGAAAGUGUUUAAAGCAAAAUAUUUUCCGAACUCUAAUUUCUUAAAUGCUAAACUUGGUUCCAAUCUGAGUUUUGUGUGGAGAAGUAUUUUUGCAACGCAACAAGUUACGAGGAAGGGAGCUCGGGUGAGAAUAGGUGACGGGAGAAGUACGAGCAUUUGGGCUGAUCUGUGGCUCUUGAAUGAAAAGUCUGGGGACAUACCUGAUAGUUGGAUUUGGGUGCUUGACAAGAAGCAUAAAUUCUCAGUGAAGAGCAUUUAUCGAUGCUUGAGAGGAGAAGUUGUGAUGAGUGUGGCUGAUGAUUCAAGUGGUGUUUGGAAUAGGAUUUGGAAUUUGCAUAUUGCUUUGUGUGUGAGGAAUUUCUUAUGGAGAGUUACUGCAUGUUAUCUUCCUACGUUUGAGGCGUUAGCUUUAAAAAAUGUGUUUAUUAAUGCAGUGUGUUGCGUUUGCAACAGUCGGGAUGAAUCAACGGUUCAUCUUUUUGCAGAUUGUGAGAUGGCGGUGAAGAGCUGGAGAGCAGCGAAGCUAGUGGUUCCCACAGAUUGGAAUGGACAUGCCAACUAUAUGGGUGAUCAAUGGCAAGCUAGUGAAACUUAUGAAUCAAAUCUAAAAGAGCAAGUAAAAGUAAUUGAGCUUCGAAGCGGAAAAUCCCUUGACAAUCCGCAUGUUACGGAGGUGGUUCAAGUUGACGAUGUGCCGAUCAAUAGUGAGGAUGAGAUGGCUGAAAUUCCAUAUGUCAAUGCUUUAGUUGGACAUCAUCCAACAAAGUGGCAAGGAGCGAGGGGCAAGUUGGUGGGUUCUAGAGAGGAGGAGUUUGAGGAAGGUGAUGGAGUUUUGGUUUGGCAGCCUGGUUGGUUUAAAGUGAAUGUGGAUACUGCCCUUUUUGACAGAAAAGGAAGUGUAGGGCGGGGUUGUGCUGUGAGGGACGAGGGUGGUCGUUUAGUAUGUGCUCUCAGAAUUGAAGGAAACUUUGAUGCUAGAACGGACGAAGGUAUGGGAAUCAGAGAAGCACUUAGUUGGCUUAAGGAUUGGAGUAAUCUUAUUGAAGCAGAUGCUCUCGAUGUCGUCCUGGAUAUUCGAAAUUCGAAUGGAGAAGGAGGUGAGUUGUUGAUUGAUGAUUGUGCUACACUUGCGAAACAGUUCUCUAAGUUAUUUUUUGUUUAUGUAAGACGAUCUGCGAAUCUAGCUGCGCAUUGUUUAGCGCGUAAUGCUCGUUCAAUGUCAGGUCAUCGGAAAUGGUUCUCAAAUUUUCCUAAAUUUCUUACGUCUGUAAAUGUUUCGAUUUGA